AUGGCUAUUGAAUCACUUUUUAGAGGUAAAUCUUGCAACGAAAUCAGGGAAUCUGCCUUUGGUUUGUCAAAGCGACUUGCUCAGACAGCCCAAGAAACCUUUCGUGAUUUUGAAGAAGCUGUCGAGAAAGAUGCAACCAAAACCGCCGUAUCAGAUGGAACUGUCCAUCCCUUGACGAGCUAUGUGAUUAAUUAUGUGAAGUUCCUGUUUGACUAUCAAUCAACGUUGAAACAAUUGUUCCAAGAGUUUGAAAAUGGAGAUUCAAAUUCUCAACUAGCUUCCGUCACAAUGCGCAUAAUGCAAGCUCUUCAAACCAAUUUGGAUGGGAAAUCUAAGCAGUAUAAGGAUCCAGCUCUUACUAACUUGUUCCUUAUGAACAAUAUUCACUACAUGGUCAGAUCUGUUCGCAGGUCUGAAGCCAAGGAUUUAUUAGGUGAUGAUUGGGUUCAAAGACACCGGAGAGUUGUACAGCAACAUGCAAAUCAGUACAAAAGAAUUGCUUGGGCAAAGAUUCUGCAAUGCCUCUCGAUUCAAGGGCUAACAUCAUCUGGGGGCAGUAACUCUAUGGGUGUAGACGGACAAAAUAGCAGUGGCCCUAAUGCUCGACUUUCAUACCUUCUCCUAGAUAACUGACUCAAGGUACUCAGG